GUCGGAGGCUGCGUCGGGGCGCGUCGAACCAGGGUGGGGGAAGGCGCCAGCGCGCCGGGGCAGGCACCGCCGGACUCCGCGGAGCUUGGCCACCGCCUCCUGCACCCAUGGCACCCGUCGCCCUGUGGGCCGCUCUGGCCGUCGGACUGCAGCUCUGGGCCGCCGGGCACGGCAUGCCCACCCAGUUCACUGUCAACCCCAACAGCCCAGAGUCUGGGGACAAGUGCCAGUUAACCCAGUACUAUGACGACAGGGUCCAGCGGUGCUGUAGCAAGUGUCAGCCAGGCCACCGUGUGAAAGCCUUCUGCACAGAGAGCUCAGACACCGUGUGUACCCGCUGUGAGGACAGCACAUAUACGCAGCUCUGGAAUCUGGUCACUGAGUGUUUCAGCUGUGGUGCCCGCUGCAGCCAUGACCAAGUAGAAACCCAAGCAUGCACCUUGAAGCAGAACCGGAUCUGUAUGUGCAAGCCAGGCUGGUACUGCAUGUUGAAGAAGCAGGAGGGCUGCCGGCUGUGCGUGCCUAUGCGCAAGUGCCGCCCCGGCUUCGGCGUGGCCAAGCCAGCUGCCACCCCCGGCAAUGCGAGUAUGGACACAGCCUGCGCAUCUGGGUUCUCGCCCCCACAAGUGGCUUUGCAGCCAACCAGCCCACCCCAGCCAGUAGCCACAACUUCCCAACACACGGAGCCUACACCAGGGCCCAGCAUCAAGUUCUCUGUCCCACUUCUGACGGGCCCUAGCCCCCCAGCUGAGGGGAUCCGCACCGGCAGUGUCUCUCUUCCCGUGGGACUGAUUGUGGGUGUGACAGUCUUCUGCCUGCUCAUUAUAGGACUGGUGAAUGUUGUCAUCCUGUCACAGAAAAAAAAGAAGCUGUCCUGCCUGCAGAGAGAAGCCAAGGUGCCUCACGUGCCUGCUGACAAGGCCAGGGGUGAGCCCGGCCUGGAGCAGCAGCACCUGCUGACCACGGCGCCCAGCUCCAGCAGCAGCUCCCUGGAGAGUUCCGCCAGCGCUACAGACAGGAGGACGCCCACCAGGAGCCAGCCCCCGAUGCCGAGUGUGGACAAGGCCCCUGGGUCCAGGGAGGCCCAGGCCAGCUGCAGGAGCUCCGAGCCCGCCCCCGGAGGCCCUGGCGGCCCCGGCACCCAGGUCAACGUCACGUGCAUUGUCAAUGUCUACAGCAGCUCCGACCCUGGCUCGCCCUGCUCCUCCCCGGCUGGGCCCGCCAUGGAGGACACAGAUGGCAGCCCUUCGGGCCUCUCCAUGGAUGAUGAACAGGUGCCCUUCUCCAAGGAAGAGAGCCCCUUCGAGUCCCACCCGGGGCCCCCCGAGACUGCUCUGCAGAACCCCAAGAAAUCUCUACCCCUCGGUGUGCCUGACGAUGGCCUGAAGCCCAGCUAACCAGGCUGGUACAGGACGUGUCACAGCCGAGGUGGGCUAGCCCAGCGGAUGGACAGCCCCGGGGCCAGUCCCUGCUUCACUGUGGCCUGCUCCGGGCUGGACCUUCAAACUCAGCUUUUGUGGUAGGUUUGCUCACUGCUGGGCCCUGACCUGGCUCCGGCGCCCAGGCGGUCCUCUGCGGCCGCUGGCUGGGGCGGAGGAAUGACUCAUCCACAAGAAAGGGCCACACUUCCGCGCGGUGCCGGCAGCGGCCGUCUUAGCGGACAGUGGGCCUCAGAUCAGCUCAGGCCGCUGGCAGGCGCCACCUCUACCUCCAGUCCCCAGGCCAGCUGCUGCUGACUGCAAGUUGUCCGACAGUGACGGGUGGGGACUAAACACCCAAGCAUGUGCCAGGCAGUGCCUGAGCCACCCGCACCAGGGCCCUCUGGCUUUAACCUUCACUUCAGCGUAGCCCUGGUACCAGCGCCUCCCCUCUCACUGUCCAGCGAGCCCGUUCAACGCCUCACUUUUUGCCUGUCAAGGAAUUCCAGGACCCCGUGGUGGUCGGAGGCCCCCAGCCAUCUCUCCCCUCCUACCUCAGCCUGAAGCCCCUUCCUGCCUCUGGGGGGUGGGGAUGACCCUCCUUAUCCCAACACCCCAGCCCAGGGGGGCUGGAGCCACUGUGGUGCCUGCCUGCCAUGAUCUUGAUAGACGCCAGGGGCUGCCAGCCAGCCCUGUGCCUACGUCUGUGUCCCCGGUCUAUGGUGGCCACUCAGAGGCAGCUGGAGCCAGUAGUUUCACAAGGGAGUCACGGUUCCCUCCCCACCAGCAAAGGUGCCAGGGUCCCGCAGGGAUGAAUAGAAAUGGCCUUGACCAACAGGGAAGCAGCUUGCAGGGUGGGGGGUUCAGCUCCGUCUCAGGUACUUGAGUCCCUUGUUGACAAAUUCUGCUGGACUUGAACUUGGCCGCUGAACUGUUGGAAGCUAGGAGAGCCAAGCCAUCACCAUGGAGACAAGAAAAGUUUUCCACACGGGAAAGAAGUCAGAGCGGACAUCUCUGCCCAUCGUUGACCCUCCGCGGCGGUGGAGCUCGCCUGCCCCCUGGUGGACAGUCCUGGAAGAGCCGCAGGCUUCCUGGGCUUGGCUGAGCAGAGCUGGGAGCCCCGGAAUCCGAAGGAGACUGCUGGGGGGCCUCAGUUUCCGAGGCUUGGGUGAGAGUUUGCACUGCAUGCUUAUGAAUAAAACUCGGUUUGUUUUA